AUGGCACAUUUUCUGGGCUCAUGUAUGAUUUCAUGGGGUACAAGAAAACAAAACUCAGUGGCCCUCUCUACCACAGAAGCUGAAUAUGUGGCUGCAGCAUCUUGUUGUGCUCAAUUGUUAUGGAUUAAACAGCAGCUGGAAGAUUUCGGUAUGUUCUUUGAGUGCGUGCCCUUGCUAUGUGACAAUGCCAGUGUACUCAAAAUGGCCAAGAAUCCAGUCCAACAUAAGAGAACUAAGCACAUUGAUGUGCGUAACCACUUCCUCAGAGACAAUGUGGAAAAAGGGCUCAUAUGUAUGAAAUUUUGCAGCACAGAAGAUCAGAGCAAACAAGCAGCUAAUGUAUUGUACUUUAGUUUAAAGGGUGAAGCUUACACUUGCAAAAAUUCAUCAGGGAACCCGGUUCUCCUGACACAGGGAACCCCAAAUACUCCAAGUAUCACCCCCACUGAGUCUCUACCCGUUAUAGCUCUAAUCACACUAAUCAUAGAACCCUCUCCCACCACCACCAGCCCAAACCCUAAGGCAGAGACACCACCUCCCUCUAUUUCCUCUCCUACCCAAUCUAGUACUGGUUCUCAUUGGAUUCGCAAAACUUCAACUUCUAAGACGUUUGUGGCUACGAACUCUCCUCCUGCCUCGUCGGCAAAAAUGGGUGAAACAGAUAUGGUUGAAGAUUAG